AUGUCAGAUAUACCUGUGGUUCGAUUCUUAUCUGUUUGCCCUUACGCUGGAUGUCGCUCGCAUGAUUUUGUGACCUCCAGCCGUUUACGAUCUCAUUUGAAAAAUAUCCAUAAAACCAAUUUCCCUCCUAAACCUGUAGGUUCUCGCCGAAGAAAAGCCAAUGAAUUCAUUGCCCAAAACGAUCCCUUUGGAAAAGUGGAUGAAGAAUACCUUGCUUGUCCUUCUUGUCUUGAGUAUUUUGAUCUGGAUGAAUUUGAUGGAUUACUUAAUCAUCUUGCUGAUAUCCAUGGUAGUCCUUCAGGCACAAGACAAGACCAAAAGCCUUCCAAUGAAGAUAUCAUGCAAAAGCUGGAUGAAUUGAUUCAGACAGUCAAACGAUUAGUUGUUUAAAAUAAACAUUGC